UCUCGUCCUUCAACACCGUCAUCCUUCUUCCACUUCCUCUCUCAUCCCUCUUCCACCAGUAUCAUCCUUCUUCCACCUACUCUACAAUCAUUCAAGCAUUCGAGAUGACGAAAACCAAAGCAGAAACUAUCACGGUCGGCGAUUGGGUCAAGUGCACUGGAGGCACUGCAGCUCUUGGAGAGAUUGGGAAGGUCGUCAAGGUCACUCCCAAGAGAGUUCUCCUCCUGCUGGAAUCCAAGGAAACCAAACGAAAAGAGAAAAAAUACGUGAAGAAAGUGCCAGCGCCACCCCAAGAUGUAGACAAGGAGAACCAACCGGUAACGCCUCCAGCUGUGCCCGACGCCAACGACAUGCCUUCGUCUCUCGACAAGGCCAACGCCAACGACAAGCCUCCAGCUGCGGACAGCCCCAAUGAAAAGCCUCAAUCUCUCGGCAACGACAAUGACACAGUCAUCAUCUCCAUUCCCGACGUCCAAGACGCUGAAACGAAGCAGUGGAAAUCAGCCAUCACCCAAGACAACAAAAAGACGUUUAUGAAGGUCGCUUUCGAGGAACUCCAAAAGUUUGGACCCAUCCAAGGACGCUGCAUGGUCUUUCGUGGUUUUCGCCAGAUCAUCUUCAAGAUGUCCAGUUCCCAAGUGGCUGCCAAGAUUAUUGCUCACUACAGCAACCAUGGAACGCUGCAGGUGGAAGGCCACGAAUGCCAUAUUGGCUAUGCGGAGCGAUCCACUCCAUUCGAAGAGUACAAGAAAAAGAUGGAAGAGAAAGGUUCCCUUGCAUCAAAGUUUGCUUAUGCUCCUGCUGGUCGUCCUUAUGGAUUCAAGUCGGGCGACCGCACCCAGCCUCGUCAAGGCUUCCGUCCGUUGCAAGACCGACUCCACAACAAGUCGACGUCGACCCAGCCUCGUCCAGGCGUUCGUUCAUGUUACGACCGACGCGAGAAGUCUACCCAACUACCAACCAAGCCUCCCCGUUCUUUGUACGACCGACUCAAUGACAAGUCGACGAAGUAGGCGGUUUCAUUGUUGCGACAAGAAGAACAUGGCAGCGCAUCUUCUUCUUCUUUUCAUUCUUGCCGGCCCGGAAGAAAGCACCAGCAAAAGAACAACUUCAAACAUCAUUCUACACUACACAUAUCUCACACAACAUCACACAUCUCACACAGCACUCACGUACACACACCUACACACACACACACACACAUAGUAAUCACAAAUAAACGGAUCCAGCAUGCAACACAAUCUUUGUUCAAUUAGCCUAUGUAUUCAGCUUCGAUCGUACGUCUGAUACCUCGUACAGUAACAUUAUUUCGCC